GACCCAUUUCUUCCCUCCGCGACAGCGUAGAAGAUCCACCGGAUUACCUGGAAUCGCCGGUGACCAACCAUAUACCAAUUGUUUUCUCUCUCUCAUCGUUUUCUUUUUUCUGUUUUGGAAAAGCUUCUAAUUCUCUCUCCCUCUGGGGUUUUCUCCGUUGAUCUCGCCGGAAAAGAUAAACAAAAGGGCAAAGCACAGAGAAUCAUCAUCGUUACCUGAUAUUGGAGUAGGGAUAUCUUCCUGUUCAAGGGUUCUUGAAAAUCUUUGAUGUAUGAUUGAAAAGGGAAUAUGGGUACGGGUAUGGAUUUUUCAUCUCCAUCUGGGAUAAUAGAAGGUAGUUGCAAUAAAGACAAUAUAUCAGCCAUGGAAAAUCAGAACUUGGAGAAUUUGGAAAAUGUGAAACAAGUCACAAAUGGGAAACCUCCACGCCACCUGUCUGCCUCACGAAAUUGCAUAGGCUCUGCAAGGCUGAUUGCUGAGGCUAAUUUAGAAUUGGAUGUUGGAAUUGUUGUCCAUAAGCCGUCUUCUGAUGAAAAAACAGAGUUCUUGCCCGUGUUACGAUCAGGAAGCUGUGCUGAAAUAGGACCUAAACAGUAUAUGGAAGAUGAACACAUUUGCAUCGAUAAUCUUGCUGAGUGUUUAGAAGCAACUGUAGAGUUCACUUCUCCAGGAGCUUUCUACGGGGUUUUUGAUGGUCAUGGUGGAAUAGAUGCAGCAACAUUUAUCAGGAGUAACAUCCUCAAGUUCAUAGUUGAGGACUCUCACUUUCCAAUAUGUGUGGAGAAGGCGAUUAAGAGUGCUUUUCUUAAAGCUGAUUAUGCAUUUGCAGAUGAUAGUUCUCUUGAUAUCUCCUCAGGAACUACUGCUCUCACCGCUCUUAUUUUUGGAAGGACCUUGAUAGUUGCAAAUGCUGGGGACUGUCGGGCUGUUCUAGGUAGAAGAGGUAAAGCAAUUGAGAUGUCCAAAGAUCACAAACCCAACUGCACUUCUGAAAAACUAAGAAUUGAGAAUCUUGGUGGGGUCAUUUAUGAUGGCUACCUAAAUGGGCAAUUAUCCGUGGCACGUGCACUUGGAGACUGGCACAUGAAGGGUCCAAAAGGGUCUGCCUGCCCUUUAAGUGCUGAACCAGAAUUGCAGGAGGCAGACCUCACCGAGGAGGAUGAGUUCUUGAUAAUGGGCUGUGAUGGUCUGUGGGAUGUUAUGAGCAGCCAGUGUGCUGUGACGAUAGUAAGAAAAGAGUUGAUGAUUCAUAAUGACCCCGAAAGAUGCUCAAGAGAGCUUGUUAGGGAAGCACUUAAGCGGAAUACCUGUGAUAACUUAACUGUGAUUGUCAUCUGUUUCUCUGCAGAUCCUCCUCCAAGGAUAGAAACACCACAAUCUCGAUUCAGAAGAAGCAUAUCUGCAGAAGGGCUGAAUGUAUUAAAGGGUGUGCUAGAUGGUAACUCAUGAAAAGGGAAAUUCUACAUGAGUUGUGCACAAAUCCAGUUGGGGCUUUCUAAUGCUGCGGGGCAUUUCUCCUCCACGUUUCUGCAGUUGUGCCCCUUUCUGCGGCUGCAUUCAGCUUCAUCGAGGAAGACCCCUGUGCUGUAGGACAUGAUUCUUUUUGAGUCAAAAAUCAUGUACAUCUGAGAUAAAUUAAGUUGUAUUGAUCGGAAGGAUGCAUUGUUCACCUUGCCCUCUUCCUCUACCUCUACCUCUACUUUAUGGAGUUAUAAAAAUGGGAGUCAGAGAAAGACUUCUUCAUUGAUAUUGACG